AUGAUGACUUCAGAGGUUGAUUAUGAGCAACCACUGGUGGCACCCGAUGGAAAUAUUCUCGAUCGACCGCAGUCGCUUAUCUGGCGAAUAUUUCAUGCUACACAUUAUAUGCUCGGCGGUCUCUUAUUCAUUACUGGUUCAUGCAUGUAUUUUCCCCAUGUUAUUAAUCUUAACUUUAAUUCUUUAAAUGUUGGUGGAUGGUUAUUUACUAUAGGAUCUACCUUUUUUCUUCUUGCUGAUCUACAAGAAUGGUUUUAUUACCGAAUUGGUUGUUGUCUAGAUAAAACAUAUCGACAUGCUUAUGAGUUGGCUAAUCAAGAUUUGUUCCAUUAUCCAAAAUCGGAUCUACGAGGAAAAUAUGAGCGAGCAGCAAUCGGUCUUAAUUUUUUCAUGUCAGCUUGUGGCAGCGCUCUUUAUCUAGCUGGUUCCAUACUCUUUUUACAGAUAUUUGAAAAAGAAUUAGUUGUUGGUGAAUGGUUAUUUAUUGUUGGAUCAGCUGUUAUUUAUUUAUCACAAGUAUGGAAACUUUAUCGUUCUGGUUGCACAAAUAUAGAUGAUCGUCAUGAUCAAUCUUUUACAAUUAAAAAUAUUUUAAAUGAUAAACCUGCAUUAGGUAUUGAUCUAUUUGCUGGUUUAGGUGCAAUAUUUUAUUUCAUUGGAACAAUUUUAUUUUUACCAAACUUUAAUACAUCGCCCUCAGGCUGGACUGAAGAAAGAUCAUCAUGGUUGUUUGUAGCUGGUGGAACAUGUUUCACAUUAAGUGGUCUAUUUCUACAAUAUAGACAUUACUUUACUAGACAUUUGUAA